GUUUUUUAUUUCACUAUUGCGAGCCGAACUCGUUGAGCGUGUUUGUUCUUCAAUGAGGAAAAGCUGGCCAUGCCAUGAGUCAUUCUGUAACGUGCUUCGCGCGACAUCUGUUGCCUAUCGGUGUAACACGAAUUUCAUCCUGUCCCGGUAUAAUGGAGAAAAUUCAUCCGAAAUUUUGUCAUUUCUGCGUUAUCUUAGUUGGCUGUCGGGAGAACCACGCCGCAGUGAGAUUAAAUUGCGGAAUAUAAUUUUCGCGUAACAUCAAGUUAAUAUGUAGUGGAGUGAUCAGGGGUUUAACCGGAAAUAUCCUGUUGAUACGUCCCCACGAUUGCAGACGAAUUAUGUAUCACUUUGAAGGGGACUUUCGCAAAGCUCCGGAUCAAGCCUAUCGGACUGCACGAGGAAUCAGGAUUUUGACGUCUGGGGAUGUCAUAUCCCGGGCUCAGGAAGAAAGGAACAGAAGAGAGAAUUUCAGGAAAGAAAGCAGAAGUGUAUUUGUCAUUCAGAAAUGGGUACGAAGGUUUCUUUCGCAUCGGAAGUUUUGUAGACUAAUUAUCGCUGAGCAAUCAAGAAUUGACACCCUUUUGGAUCGAGGCCUGAAAGAGGACGAAGCGGAAGCUCUUCAUUUAAGAUUCUUGCGAUUAUCGAAUGUUGCCUUCUUGAAUCAUGCUCACGAAUAUCCCUCUGCAUGGUAUCCAGUGGCAGAAAUCAUCUUCAGGAACGAGCCUUUGCUGUUCGGAUUCCGUUUUCGAAAUCCGAAAGUAUGGAAUCCUCUUUUGAUCAGAACAGCGAUCGGACUGCUUAAAGCAUCAAUCAAUGUUUACUGUGAUUCGGAAUGGAUUCUGAGCACGGAAAAGCGAACAAAAUUGCACGGGUUGCUCUCUGCCCUCCACCGAUUAACUUCGCCUUCUGCUCGAGUUUUUCCUGUGCAAAACGGAAUCGAACAUCUAAAAUCUUGGAUGUCCUUCGUGGUACAAGCCUUGAAGGCACUGAUGCCUUGGGGGUUCUUCAGUCUGAUGGCGGAUCUGAGGUGCUGUGCACCUGAAAAACAGGAUUACAUUUUUUCACCUGCCGGUGAACAAAUGCUUCUUGCCCCUUUGUUUUUCCUGAUGCAUGAUGUUGCUUUCGAUGACAACGACGUGAUUUUGGACGACGAAUUUCGGUCAAGCGUGAUGUGUUACUUCGGAGCAGAGGUUCUAUGUAAUGAACGGAUGGAUCUUGAAUUUCUAACGUGCGAACGAAUUCAAGAGUUGUUUCCUGGUUGCUUUCCGUUGGUGAUCGGGCGGUUUUCCAAGGCCUUGUCGAAGGAAAUGGGAGAUAUCUUGAGCAUGGCUGCUCGUCAUUGUGAUUCUUUGUCCGAUUGGGAAUCCGCCCUUACUAGUUUUGUCCGCAACCUUACUGUCGUUGCACCAUCAUUUUCACAGGGUGUUAUCACCCGCCCAUGUUCUGGAAGGGAUUGGCUCAUUUGCUUCAGCGUGUUCAUGAAGGCUGUGAACUCCUUCGCAUCGUUAUCCGAGACACUCUCCAACUUCCGGCAAAACGCAGAAAACGGGAACCUCAGCGGUCGUCCGAAGCGUCGGUAUUGGCGCAAACCGCGAUCUCUCCCGAAGCCCUCAAAUAACGUUGUUUCAAGCUACGGUGAUAACCUGUCGUUGGACGAUAGCCAUGACGAGUACAUGGACAGUGAAGUUUCGUUCGAUUUGACGCGCGGAAGUGAUGCGGAUGCGAGACGCGAGAUUUACUGUCACGUGGCCAAAUUUUUCAAUGAUGUGUACGUCGUUGAUAACUUGACUGGGAAUCUGUCCGUUUGGAUGAAGGACGAAGUGUGUUUGCUGGCAUUUUCCUGGGCGAUGCACGCCAUUUUGAUCGCUCGGCGAGAUUCAGAAAAUGGAUACCUCUGCGUCUUGCUCAAGGAUAAAAUGUUUACCUCAUCGGCUAACAUAGCCGAGUUGGCAAUAAAUUUGUGGUCUCUGACGAAGUCCAUGAGGAAAAGCAGUCACGUGAGUGUGAAUACCUUGUGGGAAGCUGUGCAGAAGGGCGUCAGUUUGUCCAAGUCUGAAGCCGCAGUAUUUCUUCCACUCGUCACAUGCACUGGUAUGUUCAUGGCGUAUCAGCUCCACUCGGCCAUGAUUCUCGGAGUACCUUCCAGUCCUGCUUAUGAGACGGAGGAGGUUGAGCUGUUGGCUGAUUUCUAUCAUCUGAACUAUUUGGACAUCGUGGAAGAAUUCACGUGGCUUGUGAACUCGGUCAUACGGACUUUGUACCCUGCAAACACAGUGAUGUCGGGUUGGAAGAAGAAGCGAGGCAUGGGAUUUACUCCUGUCAACUGUUCCCCGAUGGAAUAUGACGUCUGGUCCCUUGUUUACAAAGCUGGCGUGUCGAUGGUGAGAACAGUGUAUGAUGACGCCUGGAGACUGAGAUUGGUGAACAGCAAGGAGUACUGGAUAACGUUCAGUUGCCUGAAGAAGUUUCCGUUUCAUCAGCUGCGGAUCGAUUCUGAAGUCAUCCCGCGGCUCAACACGUAUUCGAUGGAAGAAGACGAACCUUGGGAACACGUUACCAGGCGUGACAGUCGUUUCGGUUUUAUGGACGCCUACUUGCCCAAGCCGUUUGACGUUGCUUUUCCUGGUGGUUGUUCUUGUCCAAUCGAGGCCCUGGGAUUUUCCACGCUGCUGAAUUUGCAGUUCCUUGUGCCUUUCAUUGAGCGAGUGCAGCUAUUCAUGGCGAUGCUUAUUCAGGAUAAAUCAAAUACUCAAGGUGAUGCAGCUGUUGCGGGCAUCAAUGUCUUGGAUAUUGGGGCAAGAAGAAAGCGGUUUUAUGAUGACGGAUUUGCUGCUAUGAAAGGAGUCGAGGUUGAGGUGAAGCCACGGUGGCGAGUGACAUUAUGGAACGAGGCAGGGGCUGCCGAAGCAGGGAUUGACGGCGGAGGGGUUUUCCGGGAAUUCCUCACAGAGUUGCUCAAAGAAGCCGUGAACCCGAACCGGGGUUUGUUUCAGUACACGACUCACAACACCCUGUAUCCAAAUCCGCUUGCCACCACGUCUGUGGACCAGUCCCACGAUCAGUUCCAUUUUGUCGGACGAAUGCUGGGCAAGGCUGUUUAUGAGAACCUUUUGAUAGAUUUGGCGUUCGCCCCUUUCUUCAUUGCGCAAUUGCUGGCUGUUCCGUAUGAGCCGAAAUUGGAGGAUUUGCGGGAUUUGGACCAAAAUCUGUAUCUCGGUUCCUUUGGGUUCCGUGAUGAAAUUAUCAUUUUCUUCGGAACGCCCAAUGUGGUCGGCAUCGGCAGUCAGGAAGAUUACCAGAGCCCCGUUACAGUGAAUAACCGAUUCAAGUACGUGAAAGCGUUUGUGGAGUACAAGUUGGUGGAGGAGAUCCGUCGGCCGAUGGACAGUCUGAGACUCGGGUUCCACGAAGUAAUCGAGCCGUCGUGGCUAGCUUUUUUCCGUUCUCCGGAUGAACUCAUGUUGAUCUUGUCCGGCAACCAGGGACCGGUGGACUUGGACAAUCUCAAGAUGCAUACGCAGUAUUCUGGUGGUUACACCAGUGAUCAUCCGACCAUCGGUUAUUUUUGGCAAGCUGUGGACAAAUUUUCGUCGGAAGACCGUAAACUUCUGCUCAAAUUCAUCACUUCAUGUUCAAGGCCGCCUGUACUCGGAUUUGGGGAAUUGAAUCCCAAGUUCUGCAUUCAACACGGCGGUGCAGAAGACCGGUUGCCCACUUCGUCAACAUGCAUGAACUUGCUCAAGCUUCCGGAAUACUCAAGCGUGGAAGUGAUGGACUCGAAGCUUAAAUACGCCAUCCGAUCGGGUCGCAUUCCCUCGUUGAAUUAUUUUAUGUUUUGGAUGAUAUCACUGGAAUCGUAUUUACCAGGAGUGAUGAUUUUUUCCCCGUACAAGAAGAGCGGUCGUCAGCUGAGCGGCAGUUUUGCUCUCCACUCAAAAGAUGAGGCGCCUCCAAGGGUUGCCUCCAGGUCAUCCAAGGAAACCCUUAAAAAGAAUGCCAAGUUGAUUUCAAAAAUUCUGAGGGGAAAGCUAGGCUACAACAAAAAAAGGGCGCCUCAUCUUUUGAGUGGAGAGCAAAACUCUGCCAGGGUGAAUUAA